CCCAUCUCUCCUUUCUGCUUCGUAACUUUUUGCAUGCAAUCUGCAGAUUAAAACUGAGGACUCUGAGGAGUCGGUCGGCUGAUGGAUGGAUAAAAAGUUACAUGGUAGUAUGACAUAGUUUUGAAACAAAUUAUUGUUUUUCACAUAAACGUUCCGUCCAUCGAGGCAAAAUGAAGUUCCACGAUACAUUAGAUAUUGAAUCUCUGGUCAACAAGAGUAAAUCCGAUCUUACUCCAGAAGAAAAAUGGAGAGUGGAGCAUCACAAGAUGCACGAGCUGCAUCGUGGACACGAAUCUAUGCACGCUGAGAUGGUUUUCAUUCUUAUAAUUACAGUUUUUGUUAGCGAAGUAAUUCUUAUCACAUGGAAAAAAAGACAUUACAAAUCUUAUCAGUUAGUAACACUGAUAGGUAUGUGGAUAAUUCCUUUAGUCUUAGCUCUGAGAAAUUACUAUUGGAGGUUUAUAUUCUUCUGGCUGGUGUUUUCAUGUAUCACUGGUUUGAUUGUAAGAAAGACUGUUGAAAAACCUAUGCAAGGCACAACACCUAGACUAGUGUAUAAAUGGUUUUAUUUGAUUUAUAAAGCGAGUUAUUUUUUGGGUCUUGUUAGUUACUUUAUACUGUUAGCAACGUUUUUUGGCUUGAAUCUUGUUUUUGAUGCCAAACCUCAAGCUUGGAUGGACUGUGGACUAUUGUUUUUAUUUUAUGGUCUGUACUUUGGUGUGUUGGGAAGAGACGUUGCUGAAUUAUGUGCUGACAAACUAGCUUCUCAUAUAGGGGUAAGUUUUAGUUUUCUAAGAUAA